AGCAAGCAAGCAAGAGAAGCAAGCAAACAACAAGCGAGCAAACAAGCAGGCAACUACAAGCAAAGCACGGGGACGACCGCAGUUGACUGUGUGCUUCGUUGUUGCUGCUGUUGUUGUCAAAGGGGGAUGGCGACAAGUGGGGACCGGCCGACGAAAUGCGUUGGCACCCUUGAUGGACAUGUUGGCCCUGUCAUGGCAGUGCGCUUCAACGUUGAUGGGCAAUAUUGCUUGACGUGUGGCAAAGACCGGCUCGUCAAACUGUGGAACCCCCAUACACAAAUGCUCAUCAAGACAUACCAGGGACACGGCUUUGAAGUCAACGAUGCGUGCGCAUCGCCUGGCAACUCGACGUUUCUGUCGUGCAGUGCUGACAAGAUGGUCAUUUAUUGGGACGUGGCAUCAGGCAAGCCCAUCCGCAAGUACAGGGCCCACGGCCAACGCAUCAACUGUAUCCGUUUGAACGAGGAGGGCACUGUUGCCGUGUCUGGAUCGUAUGAUGCAACAGCCAAGCUGUGGGAUCUUCGCUCAUCAAGUCGAGAACCCAUUCAAACGCUUUCAGAGGCAAAAGACAGCAUACCUGCGGUGGAUGUGAGCGACCACGAGAUCCUGACAGCGGCCGUGGACGGGCACGUGCGGCGUUAUGACAUCCGCAUGGGGCGCAUGUAUCAGGACCGACUGAGCGACGCGGUCACCUCUGCCCGCUUCUCAAACGACAACAACUGCAUCCUGGCUGCCACUCUCGACUCAAAUAUCAGGUUACUUGACAAGGACGAUGGAAAGAUGCUGGCGCGGUAUGAGGGGCACAAGAACACCGACUACAAAGUGGACUGCACGCUGAGCUUUGACGACGCUGUCGUUGUUGGCGGAUCGGAGGACGGGCGUAUUGUCAUGUGGGACCUGGUCAAGAAGACGAUGCUUGCAGAUUUCAAGGCAGACUCCAGCGUCAUAUGUUCUCUUGCGUACCAUCCAUCCAAGCACUUGUUGCUCUCUGCUAGCACAGGCGGGAAGGUGCAGGUGUGGGCACCACCAUAGGACCACACACCACAGGCGACAGUUUUUCAUGCGCGCAUGUGUAAUUGUGCGCGCGCAAGUGUGUGUGUGUGUGUGCGCGCGCGUGCGUUUGCUUUAUUGCACGCUCAGCCUCAUAAACGACAUAUGUAGAAUAAUGCCAAGCGUCGCUCUUAACCAAACACACAC